UCCAAUCUUUUUAGAUGCUAUAAAUCAACAAGGUUUGUGUACAAGCAAAAGUCCCUCUCUGUCUCUGUCUCUAAACUCCACAAAACUCACCACUCAUCUUCACCUUCCUGAUACGCACCAAAACACAAAUUAAAUAAAUAAAUAAAAAAAAAUGGUCGACGUAGACCGGAGAAUGACCGGUUUAAACCCGGCUCACAUAGCCGGUCUACGCCGUCUAUCAGCUCGAGCCGCUUCAUCUUCAUCAUCAACCACUUCUUCAUCUUUCCCAGAACGUAACAGUAACAGUUUAUUCUCAUUUUCUUCAGUUGUUGAUAAAGUCAUAACACAGCUCCAUAACUCCGGCGUAGAAGUUCAACCCGGUCUCUCCGACGCUGAAUUCGCACGUGCAGAAGCAGAGUUCGGUUUCGUUUUUCCACCGGACCUCCGUGCAAUUCUCGCCGCCGGUAUGCCAAUCGGACCUGGAUUUCCUGACUGGCGAUCUAACGGCGCUCGGCUUCGUCUCCGAGCGUCGUUAGACCUUCCGAUCGCGGCGAUUUCGUUUCAGAUCGCAAGGAAUGCUUUCUGGUCGAAAUCUUGGGGAUUAAGACCUUCCGAACCGGAAAAAGCAUUGCGAGUUGCGAGAAAUGCUUUGAAGAAAGCUCCAUUACUGAUUCCAAUUUUCAACCAUUGCUACAUUCCUUCAAAUCCUUCACUCGCUGGAAAUCCAAUUUUCUACGUCGAUGAGAAUAGAAUCUUCUGUUGCGGUUUUGAUCUCUCUGAUUUCUUUCAACGUGAAUCACUCUUUCGAAGCUCUGAAUCAUCCGAUCCGAAGAUUCUCAUGAAACAGAGAUCCGUUAGCGAGAAAUCCGCGGGUUCUUUAACGGUUUUCUCACGGAGGAGUCUCGAUGCCGGAGGGAGGACGCCAAGGUGGGUGGAGUUUUGGACAGAAGCCGCUACAGAUCGUCGCCGGAGAAACUCUUUAUCGUCGGAUUCAUCUUCGCCGGAGAGAUUUUUCGAUAUUCCACCACGGAGUGUUAUUCCAGGGUGGGUUGAUGAAUACAUAGGGAAAAUCGGGUCGGUUUUGAAAGCGGGUGGAUGGAGCGAACCGGAUAUAACAGAAAUGGUUCAAGUUUCAGCUUCUGGAUUCUUUGAAGGUGAAAUGGUGGUUUUGGAUAAUCAAGCUUUGUUAGAUGCUUUGUUAUUGAAAACGGAUAAGUUUUCGGAUUCGCUCCGAAAAGCCGGAUGGAGCUCCGAAGAAGUAUCCGAAGCUUUGGGUUUCGAUUUUCGACCCGAAAAGGAAAGGAAACCGGUUAAGAAGCUGUCGCCGGAGCUUGUGGAAAAAAUUGAGAAACUAGCUCAGUCAGUUUCCCGGUCAUGAUAUAGUAAUACUUUAAUUUUCCCUUUUUAAUUUUUUUUAACUUUUUUUUUAAGAUCUCAGGUUUUACUUUUGAGUUGGGGAAACGUGUUGUAAUAGGAAACAAAGUGCACAAAAUAGUUUGAAAAGGUUUAAUUUUACAUUUUAUUAUUAUGAUCAUGCUAAUUUCUAUCUUUAUAUGUAUACUACAAAAUUAUAGUAAGUUCAAAAUAAAUGAUCAACGGUUGAAUUUUUUUAUGAUCUA